AUGUUUCAUUAUUGGCGAGUCACUGUCUGGGACCAGAAUGGCGAUCCAGGAUGGAGUCCGAUCAACGAGUUCUUCACCGCAUACCCACGCUCCAGCGGUCUGCUUCCGCCCUAUAGUAUGAACCAAACUUACAUGCCGCACACCAGUCUCAUCUUCCGCACCUGGUUUGAAGAUGAGGUAAACCGAUGGAAAGGUGUCUGGAUUGGUGACAACGGUGACAAGCCAAUAUAUCUGAGAAAAGCUGUGCAUUUGGAACGGAAACCAGCAAGAGCCAUUGUGCUUGCGUCCGGGCUUGGCCACUUCAACUUCACCUGCAAUGGCGAUCCUGCUGCGUCAAACGGACACGUGCUAGACCCCGGAUGGACGAAUUAUCAUAGGACUGUACAAUAUGUAGCAUAUGAUGUAUCCAGUAUCCUGAAUGCCGGAGCUAACGUCCUAGGCGCGCAUUUGGGGAACGGCUUCUACGCUGGAGACCAGGGCGAUGACCGCUUCUUUUGGCCCUGCUACGAAGACAAUACAUACGUCAGAUACGGGAAUGAGCUUUGUUUCUUUGCAGAGCUGCACCUGUUCUACCAAGACGGCACGCGAGAGAUUGUUACCACUGGCCCUGAUUGGAAAGUGCGAAAGAGCGCGACAACGCUAGCCAACAUUUAUUCAUCGGAGACCAAAGACUUUAGGGCCUAUCCGGUCGGCUGGGAUACAUCAAAUUAUCAAGAAGAUGGUCUGUGGUCAAACGCGACGCCAGUUACUGGCCCAAGAGGAAAGCUAAAAUACCAGAGUCAGCCCCCUGUGGUAUUGCAUGAAACGUUUCAACCAAAGACAUCAACGACGAUUGAGCCAGGAGUUGUUAGCUUUGACUUUGGCCAGAACAUGACAGCUAUGAUCAAGCUCCAGGUGUCUGGACCUGCUGGAUCGGAAGUCAUUGUGCGUUUCUCUGAAACAAUUGGCGAAGAUGGACGAGUUUUGAUGCCCGAUCCUCUCUUCAAGCAAUUUGAGACAGGAGUGUUCUGCAGAUUCAUACUAGCUGGCACAGGCGUUGAAACAUGGGAGCCGGACUUUUGUUUCACAAGCGCUCGUUACAUUCAAGUCGAGGGUGUUGCUCUUGAACAAGGUCGUAAUUUGCCGGUGGUGCGGUCCAUUGUUAGUCGACAUGUUUCGUCAGCAGCUCGACGCCUGGGCACUUUGAAAACCGACAAGGAGGAUGCAAAUUCGCUCAUCAGCAUGUGCUACUGGUCAUUUGUUAGUAACCUGUUCAGCUACCACACAGAUUGUCCGCAGAUUGAGAAGUUCGGCUGGCUAGAAGUCACGCAUCUUCUCGCCCCAGCAACGCAGUAUAUCCGCGAUAUGGAGUCGCUGUACUCCAAAAUACUCGACGACAUUGUUGACGCACAAGAGCCUAGCGGGCUGUGUCCAACCAUGGCGCCUGAGAUUCGGUACAUGUGCGGGCCCCUCCACGACACAAUAACUUGGGGUGGCGCAGUCGCUUUGUUACCCGAAAUCCUUCGCUUCUACUACGAUUCGACUCAUAUCUUUGAGAAACUCUUCAAUCCAUGCGUACGCUACAUGGAUUACAUCAAGACAAAGGAACGAGAAGGUGGUUUGAUCGAACAUGGACUAGGCGACUGGGGCCGUGAUAUUGCUUUCGGCAACAAUCAAGCUAACAUCGAGACGGCAAUCUACUAUCGUUGCUUGAGGAAUGUUCAGCGUAUGGCACAUGAGCUUGGAAAAGCUGAUGCGGAGGCUCGUUUCAGCGAAUGGGCGGAUCGAAUCGCCAGGGUGUAUAACGACAAGUUGCUCGUUACGGACAAGACACUUUACCCUUAUGUCUUCUACACAUCUCGGGACGACCCCGUGAAGCGGGACCGUAAUAUGGUGGCUCAAGCAGUCGCCUUGCAGUUCCAUCUGGUUCCUCCUCAAUACAUAUUCGAAGUUCAACACGCUUUUCUAGAAGAUUGUGCCGCCUCUGGCAAUAGAAUACAAGCUGGCGAAAUCGGACUUAAGUAUAUCUGGAAUACCCUUGCAGACCUCGAUCGUCCAGAAAUUGUCCUCGAAAUGGCUCGACAAGAAGAACACCCUUCUUACAUGCGCUUCUUGAGGCGCGGCGAAACAACGCUUAACGAGUUCUGGCAAGAUGCAUGCCGCAGUAAAUGCCAUGACAUGCUUGGUACAAUCUACGAAUGGUGUUACGAGGCAGUGUUAGGCUUGAAACCAGAGACCGAAGCCUAUCGCACGUGGACCGUAAAGCCACCGCUGAAGUCCGAAUUCAAGCAUGUCGUAGGCAGCAUGGAGUGUCCGUAUGGUUUGAUCGAGAUCGAGUACGACGAAGAUCAUGAAGGCAGGGUCUGCAUGAAGGUCACAGUUCCGACAAGCACAACUGGGUAUCUUGUGUUACCAAGAGACGAGAGCGAAGUAAUAGUUACAAGGAGAGGCGCGCAGCCUACGAAGCGUGCGGGUCGGAAGAUAGGCUUGAAGCCUGGCAAGUAUGUACUACAAAUUAUGCCGUAG